AUUGAAACCAACCUUAAGCUUUUCUUAUCUCCGCCUUAAAGGUAGCCCUGAUUAUUGCUGACUUAAGUAUCGGAGUGUCUACCCCGAGUUCCACCUCGGGGCUUUGCAGGUUAUCUCGGAGUGCAAGUGCGAAUUGAAGAAGGACUUCUGGUUUGGUGCAAUUACAUUGGCGCCGUCUGUGGGAAUCGAACUGAAAGCUUCCUAGUUGCUCUUCCAUCAUGGUUCACACUCGAUCAGUCCGAGCUGGUAACUCAUCUCUGCCUCUUGGGCAAGGUCAACCCCCUAACAACCUUCCACCUCUGAUCCCACCUCAAAUCCCAACUCAACUUCCACCUUAGCUUCCACCUCAGGUUCUAAUCAUGUUCCCUCCUGUUGAUCAUGCAGAAGGAGGAGAUGAAAAUCAACCUCAUACCUCAGCUCACAAUUCAACUUCCACUGCCAACCAAGACGCGGUGACAGCUCAGCUUGUUGCCAUGCAGCAGCAGUUUGGUGUUUUUCAGUUGGUACUGGCUCAGCUUUUAGCUAGAAAUAAUCCUGGUGAUCCCCUCAUUAAUUUACUAAACCCUGCUCAACAACCCCCAGCUCCACAACAGAAUCCCCAACCGGUUCAACCUGCUCCCGCUAUUAGCGAAUCUCAGGAUCAAUCCCACAUAGCACCCAUUCAGCAACCCAUCCCUGAUAAUGUUACUCGUCGCCUUGAUAGCUUAGAAAAGCUGAUAGCUGAACACCGAGGUGCUCCACCCCCACACCAUGCUACUGAUUCCAUACCUCACCCCUUGAAUACCAACAUCACACUGGAACCCUAUCCUACUGGCUUCAAAAUACCCCAACUGGAGACAUAUGAUGGGACGAAGGACCCCGAUGAUCACCUGCAUGCUUUCUACUCUUACAUGCAAGCACAGAAUGCCUCUGACGCGUUAAUGUGCAAGAUCUUCCCCUCUACUCUACGAGGUAAUGCUCGAACUUGGUAUUAUAGUCUACCUCCGAGGUCAAUUAGUUCUUACACAGAAAUGGCAUCUGCCUUUGCCACUAAGUUUUCCAGUAGAAGGUUGAUUAGGAAAACUACUACCGAAUUGAUACGAGUUAAACAGAGGGACGGGGAGUCCCUAAAGAACUACAUGAGCAGGUUCAAUGAUGCGGUGUUGGAGGUUCAUUCCUUCGACCAAGCUGUGGGCAUUGCAGCUGUAAUCUCUGGUCUCAAACAUGACAGGUUCCGAGACAGUUUGAUCAAACAUGCUGCCACCACCUUUAGCGAGGUAAAUGAUCGAUCUCUGAAAUUCAUAACUGCUGAGGAAUACACCCUGGCGCAAAACCCACCUUCCUCUAAGAACCAGAACCCAGAAUGGAGAGAUGACAAUCCGAGCCGGAAAAGGAUGAGAAUGGCACAGAACCGAGGUCCUGUGUUGACCUCCCCAAUGAGAUUCGGAAGGACGAACUCAACAACUCCACAACAAUCUGCAGGUAAACCUCCAGUCAAUUGGACUCCCUUUAAUCUACCGAGGUCACAAAUUUUUAUGCAGAUCAAGAAUAAAAUGGAUCUAAGGCGUCCUGGCCCAAUGAAAACUGCUGCUGCUAGUCGCGACCACACCAGAUAUUGUGAUUUUCAUCAAGAUCACGGCCAUACUACAGAGCAGUGCAACAGCUUAAAGUCCGAACUGGAAAGUUUAGCUCAGAAGGGAAUGCUAAAUGAGUAUAUUCAGAGAGCUGAACAGCCGAGGUUUAUUAGAGAACAGAGGCCGCAGCCUCAAGGAGUCCGCAAUCCCCCAAACAGGCAAGGUGUGGGAUAUCAGCAAGCACCACCUCCGCUCCCACCCCCAGCCAGAAUCAUACAUAUGAUCACAGGAGGCCUUGAAGCAGGUGGACUGAGCUCUAAGCAACGAAAGCUGUAUGUCAGAGAAGUUAAACAUCAAAACCGAGCUCAGAAAAGGAAGAUUGACGAUGCUGAGUGGAAGAAUCAACCAAUUACUUUCACAUCUGCUGAUCUUGAUACAGUUGUCACACCCCACAAUGAUCCCUUGGUCACUUCUGUAAUGAUUAAUAACUGUGAAGUACAACGCGUCCUUGUUGACACCGGGAGUGCACUAGAUAUCAUGUACUUCCACUGUUUCGAGAGUCUGGGACUGGAUCCAGCAUUGUUGCAGAAGUAUGAUGGUCCUAUCUAUGGUUUCAACAACCAGCCUGUUCCGGUAGAAGGAGUUCUUACCCUCCAUGUGGCUUUUGGGAGUGGCAGGACCUAUGUAACCCCGUCAGUCCGGUUCCUCGUAGUCAAGAUGGCGUCCUCUUUCAACAUUGUUAUUGGCCGACCCACAUUGACUAAAAUCCGAGCUGUGGUUUCCCAGUCUCACCUCUGUAUGAAGUUCCCAACUCCUAUGGGAAUAGCAACACUGCGAGGAAACCAGGAGGUGGCCAGGCAUUGUUAUAUCACCUCAGUAACACAACCCAUGAAAGGCAAAGCUCAGACACCCGAGGUCAUUCCCCAGCGAAUUUCUGAUAAUCAGCAAGUUAUGGGUGUUGAGAUCGCAGAUAAUCGACCGGAAGAUGAAACUAGAGCUGCUCCGGUCGAAGACGUUGAAGAAGUGCUCAUUGAUGACAGAGAUCCGACCCGAAAGAUGCAGAUCGGAACUAAAUUGAACCCAGAGGAAAGGGCAGAGCUAAUAGCCUUUCUUCGAGCUAAUAAUGAUGUAUUCGCAUGGACUUCGGCAGAUAUGCCAGGAAUUCCAAAUUCAGUCUCUCAACAUAAGCUCAGCACCAAUCCAUUGAAGAAACCAGUGGCCCAGAAGCGGCAGCUGAAGUCUUAUCUUAACUCACCGCCUCUGUUGACUAAGGCUGUAGAUGGUGAACUUCUUUACUUGUACCUAGGGAUUUCAGAUGAGGCCAUUAGUUCAGUUCUGGUGAGAGAAGAAGCUAGGCAGCAGAAACCAAUUUAUUAUAUCAGCAGUGUGCUACACGGAGCAGAGCUAAGGUAUCCUAUAGCUGAGAAAGCAACAUUAGCAGUCAUUCUGCAGAAACUAGAGUGCUCUGGAAGAUUAAUUAAGUGGGCAGUAGAACUGGGAGAGUUGGAGAUAACAUUCCAGCAGAGAUCGGCCAUCCGAGCUCAAGCAUUAGCAGAUUUUAUUGUCGAAUGCACUCCAUGUCCUUCAACCUCUAAUCCAGAGCCCAAUGACUGGACCUUAUAUGUUGACGGAGCAUCUAGUAGCAAGGGUUCAGGGGCUGGUGCUCUCUUGAUUGGUCCAGAGGGAUACCGAAGCGAACACGCCCUGAAGUUCAACUUUGAUGCGACAAAUAACAUGGUUGAGUAUGAAGCUCUGCUACUUGGUCUACAACUAGCAUUAGAGUUGAAAAUCAAUGCAAUUCAAGUAUACAGUGACUCUCAGCUGGUGGUGAACCAAAUCAACUCUAUUUGCGAAGUCGUUAAUCCUGUGAUGGUAAAGUAUGUAGCCUUGGUGGCCGAGCUGAAGUGCAAAUUUCAGAAAUUCUGUCUGAGUAAAAUUCCCCGAGCUGAGAAUGAGCAGGCAGAUUCACUCUCCAAGUUUGCCUCUGAUAGCUCUUUAAGCUCUAGAUCCGUUUUUGUAGAGGUCUUAGAUGAACCAAGCUUCACGAAGCCUCGGGUGAUGGAGAUUAGCACAAACCUUGACACGCCGAGCUGGACUGAUUCAAUUGUCUCCUUCUUACAAGAUGGGAUAGUACCUGAGGACAGGCAGGAGGCAAUGAAAUUGAGGAAGAAAGCAUCUCGGUAUACACUUGUUAAUGGAGUCCUGUAUAAGAGAUCUUUCUCACUUCCUCUUCUACGGUGUUUAAACCCCUAUGAAGCUGAAUACGCACUUCGAGAGGUACAUGAAGGUGUCUGUGGGAGCCAUGUUGGUGCUAGAACUCUGGCUCACAAAGUCUUAAGACAAGGAUACUACUGGCCAAACAUGUACAAAGAUGCCACUUACUUUGUUCAGAAAUGCCCGAAAUGUCAAUUCUUCGCACACCUGACUCACCAACCAGCAGAAGAGCUCAUGAACUUGGUAGCGCCGUGGCCAUUUGCUCAGUGGGGACUGGAUCUUUUAGGCCCAUUUGUGAAAGGGGUUGGUGGUGUAACCCAUCUGGUUAUUGGUGUGAAUUAUUUCAUAAAGUGGGUUGAAGCUCAGCCUUUAUCUAGCCUUACCUCCAAGAAAGUCGAAGAUUUUGUCUUCAGCUCGAUCAUCUGCAGAUAUGGGAUCCCGAAUCAAAUUGUAGCUGAUAAUGGAACUCAAUUCAAUUGCUCCUCAUUCCGAGAUUUCUGUUCCAGUUAUGGGAUCAAGUUACAAUUCACCUCCGUUUACCAUCCGGAGUCCAAUGGCAUGGUGGAAUCUGUUAACAAAUGCAUUUUGGAAGGUAUAAGGCCGAGAUUGGAGCAGCAUAAGGCCAAGUGGGCAGACGAGCUCAACAACGUCCUCUGGGCAUACAGAACCACGAGCCGAACUGUCACAGGUGAAACACCCUACCACCUGGCCUUUGGUACCGAAGUAGUCAUUCCUGUUGAAAUAGGAGUCCCAAGCUUCCGAGUCACCCAUUUCGAUGAAGAACGAAAUGGACAACUGCUUCGGGAAAACCUUGAUCUGCUUGCCGAAGUCAGAGAAGAAGCUCGGCUUCAAACUCUUGUAUACAAGCAGAAGAUAGCCAACUUCUACAAUAAACGAGUCUGCCCUCGAACAUUCAAAGUAGGAGACCUUGUUCUAAGAAAAGCUGGCCUAACGGGGUUUGAAACUCAUUUUGGCAAACUUGCCCCAAAUUGGGAAGGCCCUUAUGCCGUGGCCGAAGUGCCACAUCCUGGUGCCUAUAUUCUCCAAGACACUGAAGGAAAGCGAGUUCCUAGAGUCUGGAAUGUCAAUAACUUAAAGAAAUUUUACCCCUAAUGAAAUUCUUCCAAGCAAUCUAUGUCUUACUGUUCUUUAUGCUUCUCACUCCGUGUUUGUUAAGAUUGAUUUUAUCUCUUUUUUAAUGUAUCCGAGGUCAAUCAGUACUUAAACCUCACUUCUGAUUAAUAAAAGUUACUUCACAUG